UUAAACUCAGUCGGUCUUGGCUCCCUGAACCGUGAGAACGCUUUUCGCACCUGAAACUCCUUGGGUGGCUUCUCCGGUCCGGUGUGUAGCGCGCGGCGGGUCCUCGGGAUUGGUGAUAAAACCAAAAAGGGCUAUAAAAUUGAGUAUAUCGAGGAAGAAUUGGACUCGCGUGUCUCCGGUGCAUGCUCAAAGCCGCGCUCCAUCGUUUUCAUCGUUACAACUCAUUUUUACGAUUCCCCGCGAUCGGAGAACCGUUCGAGAACUUUGAUUUAACGAGGCUAUCCAAAUUCGUCGAAAGAGCAAAGUUCAAUCGAGGUUCGAAGAUGCCGUACUACGGUGACACUCUGCCGUAUUAUUACGGGGGCGCGUUCUCUACCCACAGCUCCUUAAUGACAGGCACCGGACGAACGCUUCACAGUCCGUUGGGCUCGACGAGAUACGCGCCUCACUUAACGACGAUAUCGGAAUCUCCGUUGAGCGCGUUGCGUCGUUACACGCCAGCAGUGACGAUGUCAUCGCGUCCAAAGCGCAUUAUCGAUACCGCUGAUAUCGACGUUUCAACGCCGCGUGCCUUGUCGCACAGCCGGAGCAACGAUCAGCGUUGUCGUUUGCGCCGGGAUCGUCCGACCAUAAGAAUACGUUCUCAGGCGCUCAAGGACAACCCUGCACUGCGGGAACAUUACGAACGUCACGAGAAAACGGUCGGUGAAUUGUUGGUCGAAAAGUUUUUGAUAAAGGAUAAAAAAGCCGAGGCCGAGGGCGAAUCACGAACGAAAUUGUACAGUCAGAUAAGCUUGGAGAACAACAUGACGAAAAGGCAAAAAGAAGACAUCCAAAGACGACUGACGAGACGAAUGACGCGGCGAAAAUCAUCAGCCGACGUCCAAAUCGAUCCGGAACAGCUCGAGAGAGAGGUUCUCUUCGCCCAGGCACAAGCGGACGCUCUCGACAGCCUCGUCGCCGAGGAACAAGCCGAGAUCGAGGUCGAGGCGCGCAUGGGAACCCUCAUAAGAAAAAACCUCGUGAGGUCGGCACCGCCGCCGCCGCCGCCGCCGCCGCUCUCAAGAUCGGGCCUCGAAGCCUCGGGCUUGUCCGGCGACGACCCGGACGAAGCGAGAACCAAAAAGUUGCCGAAGAAAGUGAAAAAACGGAAAAAGACUACCGACAAACCUUGGCCACCCGGCGAAAGCCGAGCGGACUCCGAGCACGAUGCAAUUAAUAAGAUCAUCAAAAUAUCGGACGAAAAUUCGGAAAGCCUUGUUGUUGUACGAAAAGACGGAGGUGGAAACGAAGAGGGGGGUGCCCGCGGUGAAAGGUCGCCCGCGAAAGGGCUCAAAUUCAAAAUCGAAGCCAGCAACAGCGUCGGCGAUUUAUCGACUUUAUGGAUCAGCGCUAACGUCAAUGAGGCGCAAGAUAAACAAAAGAUCGUGUCGCAAGCUGUCGUCGAACAAUUUCGCGACAGCGUCAGACUUCCGGCCCCGAAGCAUAUUGCCAAUAAAAUCAUGAAAAACAACAAGAAGGAUGCGAUCGUCGAAGUGCAUCAACAGAUCGUUGUGCUCCCCGUGAAAAAACGCUACGUCAAGGACGACGCGCGUAACAGCGUUUAUCUCACUCUGAAAAGCCAGAAGAACGCGAACGUAAAGAGCGAGACUGCUCGGAGGAACGGAACGAUCGACGGGGCGGACCCGACCGAUCGCGAAAUCGACGAGCAAACACCGAGCACAAUAAUCAAUCUCGUUACAGCGAACAAAACAAUGGGAAUUGCACGACAACCGAAGCUCAAUAAUAAAGCUGCCAAGUUCCGGUCUAAAGAUAUCGCUGAAAGUGACGUAGAGGUCAAAAGCAUUUCCGAGUUAGCCCCGGCAACCCCCGCUGCGGCGAUCAAGGGGAAGAUCGGAACGAAGGACGCGGGCUUGCUAAACUUGUCGGGUUCCAAUGACGAUGCGAGUUUCGUUAUUACGGGCGAAUCGAUUAGUAAAUCGUCGGAUCGCGACGUGAACGGUAACUCAACAUCCGCGAUCGAUCAACCACCUUCGCCGAAGAGCGAAAUUACGAGCCUCGAAAUAGCGACGAUACGCGACAACGAUACGCCGCGAAGCCUAAGGAAAAACAAAACCUCCAAACCGAUCAUUGCGAAAAUCGAUCGAGUCCCGAGUGCCGUUCAAGUCCCGGAAAAAACACGAGAAAGCGAGAUUCUCGAUGAAGCAGACGCACCGUUGAAACGCUUGAAAAAGGAGACGAAAGAAACGCCUGAAAAGAAGUUUCCGCUCGGCGAAAACCGCCCCCCCAAAUUGAAACGCAGUGCCGCUGGCUCUCUGGAUUCUUUCGACGCGAGGAUCAACCUCGAGAAUUUUGAUGAUAGAAAAAAGGAGGAAAAAGAAGACUUGGAUAAGACGCGAACCGAGUCGAACGCAACGAUAAUAUUGUCGGAAGUUACGCCGAAACCCAAAAAAGUCGAAAGCUUGCCAAUAUUGAACGUCGAGACGAUUGCCAUCCCUGACAAUCCUAUCGUCAAUGACGAUUUAUCGUUAUUAGUGGCCAAGAGUCCAAUCGAAUUCGUUGAAUCUCCCGUCAGUGAAAUAUCCGAGCCAGUUGGCGUGACUAACGAAACCGGCGAGGUCGAUAGCCUCGGAAAUUCCCAUAAAUACGAGAACAAGUGUCAAAGCUUCGUUGCACAGCCGGCAACGAUCGAAUCUCCGAAAAUUCUUGCACCGAAAAAAAUAUCUCCGGAUUCGGAUUCUCAAAUAAAGGACGAUAAAAAUGUUGUCGAAUUACCAAAACUGCGAAAACAUCGGAAAAUAUUGGCGAUUUCGGGGAGAAAAAAUAGCGAGGAAAUCGUCGAAGCGUCAUCACCGGAGUCACCGAAUCUUGAGAUAAACGUCAACGGCCCGGACAAAGUUUCAUCCAAACCGAAGAAACGCGUGGUCGUUUCAUCGUCGAAAAUAUCGUCGAAUCGACAGUUGAAAGAAAAAGCGACGAUUAGUCGGAUCGGUGCUAAAGUGGACGAGCUUGAAAAAUCGACGAUUUUGACGAAUGGUCCUUCGGACUUUCGGUUUUUGGAAAACGUUUGUUCUAUCAUCGAAUUGAAUAAACCGGGAAGAAAAGUAACCGAACCGCAAUUGGAAACUCCGUGCGCAAAAGAAGAGGAAGAAAUAGACUUUUGGGGGGAAAUAAAGAGUGAGAAAAUCGAGGAGACAAAGAUGAAAUCGUCGGAAAGAAUUGCUUCACCGAAUUCCAAGCACGUUGACGAUCUCCUCAUCGGAGAUCAAACGGAAGGAACGGAAAAGAUUGGAGAGUCGACGGUGAUCGUUUUGGAGGCCGCGACGAAAUCCAAUACGGUGCCGGAAAGUGGGACACGGGAUGAGACGAGAGCAGCGCUCGUUCCCGUUGAGAAAAAGUUUAACAAAGUUAAGAAAAAGAAGAAAACGAGCGAGAUCAGUGGGUGCGAGAAAAAGGAUGAAGAGAAAGCGAGCUCGGAAAGUAUUUUGGAGCAUUUGAAAAGCUCUGACGAGAAGCUUGACGAGAAGAGUCGCGAGAAGUCAGAGCGGCUGGAGCCGCGAAGCGAGAAACUCGGCGAGAAUAAUUCUCCGAAUCUGUCGGAGGAGAUGAAAAUAGUCGGGGUUGAGGUAGAACCGAAUAUCGAAAGAUUCGAACGUAAUUUGUCGACCAUUAUUGAGGAGAGUCAAAGUCCCACGCGGGAAGAUACUCCGAAGAUCGAAGCUUUGGAUCUUGUCGAAGAAAGUUCAACGCCGAAACAGAAAAGUCCGUUUUCUUGUUCGUUGUUGAACGAGGCCAGUGGCGAAUCGAAUGAGAAAACUCUGAGUAAAGAUUUUGGAGCAAGUUUAUCUACGAGUACGGAGGAAAAACCGGAAGUGCCUGAAACGAGUGAGGAUCCGGUUAAACCCGAGGUUGUUCCCAUGGUGGAGCCUGGAAAAGAAGGAUCGAUCGUCGUUUCUCCAUCGGACCCGGAGUUCUCGGUGCCCGCGAUAAGCAUCGCAUUGAUUAAAUCGAGCGAAGAGGAAGGAAGAGAAGGAGAACCGGAAGCGGAGGCUCUCGGGGACGAGGACGGUCCCGGGACUCCGACGAACGAGACAGUCGAGCAAGACUGUCGUAACAACAUAUCGAAGUGGCAAGGACUGGAUGAUCUCUCGUUGGACCAGCCGGACAAGGACAUCGGACCGGAAGUCGCUCUGGCGAACCUAUUGAAACGAAGUAAAAAGAAAAAAGUUGCUUCCACGAAGAAAGCAAGUAAAAAGAAUUCGGGGGAUAAGAAUUCAACGAAAAGUACGAGCGCCGGUCAGGAUUCUUCGAAGAAGAAAAAGCUCGGGAAGAAGAAAAAGUCCUCGUCGAGGAGUGCGAAAGACGAGGAAAGAUCGGGCUCCAAAGUUUCCAACUCUUCGGACACGACCCUCAAGCCCGGUGGGCUCAAUCUUUGUUACACGCCGAAGAAUAGCGGACGCAAUUCACCGAAGCAGCGCCCGUUGGACCUCAUUAAAAUAUUCUACACCACGCCCGCCUCACUUUUGACGGCGACGCCCCGCGAUCUCUCAAAAGUACGACGCGCCAAAGUUAAGAAGCGGAAGCAUUCGUCGAGAACCGCGUCGGCCAGUAGUGACAGUACCGGAAGUACGAGGAGCACUCAUAGCACCGCGACUACCGAGAGCACCGGAAGUACCGACCGCGAGGAGGAGGAUCCCGCCCAAAAACGCAUAUCUUCGACUCGUAGCAACGACUCUGGCUUCGAUGGAUCGCCGAGAUUGUCGAACUGCGACAUGGCAUGUCACAAAAAGUGUGAAAAACUCACGGGAAACCUGUGCGGAUUGAAUCAGAAGCUCGUUGCAGAGGCAUUGCAAGCACUGAAGAGAGUGCCUGUUAUCGAACGGAAAAGAAGAGUUCGAAGUGCUUCCGACGGUGGUAGGGGUGGUGGUGGUGGUGGUGGUAUUAGUGGUGGUGGACGAAAUCUGCUUGACAAUGAUUCGGAUAUCGUCGUCGAGGAUGAGUUUCAACAUUUUGCGCCAUCUCAGUCCUCGGACACUCAACGGAAUUCCGACGGCUCCGAUCAUCACGCCAGCGGACGAAUCACACCGCCUGCAACUAAUCUGCCGAGAUUCAAAAAAUACACCGUUAUGGACUUUAAUUUUCUCAAGGUCUUGGGAAAAGGAAGUUUCGGCAAAGUACUGCUAGCUGAAUUGCGUCGAACCGAUUGCGUGUACGCGGUCAAGUGUUUGAAAAAAGACGUCGUUCUCGAGGACGAUGACGUCGAGUGCACUCUGAUCGAGCGAAAAGUGUUGACCCUCGCAACGAGACACCCGUAUCUCUGUCAUCUGUUCUGCACUUUUCAAACCGAUUCUCAUCUCUUUUUCGUCAUGGAAUAUCUCAACGGCGGUGAUCUCAUGUUUCACAUACAAAAAUCCGGAAGAUUUGCUGAAUCCCGAGCACGAUUUUACGCCGCUGAAAUAUGGUCGGGUCUUAAUUUUUUGCAUAAAAAAGGCAUUGUUUAUCGUGACCUUAAACUCGACAACGUGUUGCUCGAUUUCGAAGGGCACAUCAGAAUCGCUGAUUUUGGUAUGUGCAAACUACAAAUUUUCUUGGACAGAACUGCCGAUACUUUCUGCGGUACUCCAGACUACAUGGCACCCGAGAUCAUAAAAGGAUUGAAGUACAAUCAGGCGGUCGAUUGGUGGUCAUUCGGUGUUUUGCUCUACGAGAUGCUUACCGGCCAAUCACCGUUUUCCGGAUGCGACGAGGACGAGCUGUUCUGGAGCAUCUGCAACGAGAGACCGUUCAUACCUCGAUAUCUUAGUCAAGAAGCGAUGGACGUUUUAAUUUGUCUUUUGGAAAAGGAUGCCGGCAAAAGGCCACCGGCUCACGAAAUAUCUAUUCACCCUUUCUUCCACAGCCUCGCAUGGGACAGACUGGAAAGGAGACAGCUGGAACCACCGUUCAAGCCAGCAUUGGAGCACACGCUUGACACGAGAUAUUUCGACACAGCCUUUACGGCUGAAAGGCCGAGACUCACUCCGGUUCCCGAACAGAUAUUGACCUCGAUGGAUCAAGGAGUAUUUCGCGGUUUUUCGUACACGAACCCAAACGCCACGGACUGAUGUCGAUGAGAAAAAAUAGAGUCGACGAGCAGCCGAAAACUUUGUAAAUAAGUAGCUUCCGGUUUCGUCGUACAAAAGCAACGAUAAAUAAUUAUUUUGCCUGUGACGGGCGCUCCGCAGUUUUAUUUCAAAUCUGCGGGCCGGCGGUGCCAACAAUCGAUCGAUCCACGAAUUCCGAAAUAGUGCGUUCGAAAUUGUCGAUUUAAGUGACCGGGACGUUCGGUUCGCCAUCGUUCGAAUAGAUUAACAAAAAUCAUGUUUUUUUAUCCUCUCACAAUUAGAGCCAGAGACGUUUACCGCCUCUCUAUUGAUUCGUGGAAAUUAAUCGUAGGAAAAAAAUGAAUUUGAUUCUGACAGAAAUGAUACUUUUGCUUCCAGCGAUCGAGGAAUUAUUACUAAAUAAAAAAAAAAAGCAAAAGCGAUGCAAAAAAUUGUUACAUUUUCAAUCGAGUCGUAAAAAUGUUUGAGAUCCAUCGAUUAGUUUCCGUACAACAAGAAUCCAUUUAUUUUAACUUCGGAUUUAUCGAACCGAGCGUCGUCAUGAGAAAUUGUGAUGUAAUAUUUAUUUUCAUGUCGAGUCAAUCGCGGCUGUCGGCUGGAAAUAUUGACCGAAAAAUCAAAUACAAUCCAACCUCCUACGGGUGAGUGAGAAAGUACCAGGCAAUCAAAAAAUUUGGAGAAAAAUGUCUCCUGCAAAUUGUUCGGCUCGCGCGUAUAACACACGUAGCUUCGACAAAUCAAUUUUUUUCCAAACGAGUCGAGCGAUCUCAGCGACCUCAGAAUUCCCCUGCAAGAACCAAGCUGGUUUGAACAAAAAAAAAUGUGUCGAGAUCCACUCGAGAGAGAAAAAAAGGUCAGAACUUUACGGACAAUGAAAUAUUUGAAAAAGCUCUCAAUAAAACCGUCGAAAAGUAACGGCGAGAAGUUAGCGCGUGACAAAUCGUCACAGUAAUUGCAGGCUAAUUAGCUUGGUAAUCGUAGCUUUAGAUUUUGCAUUGUAAGACAAAGAACAACAUAAUGUAGAUAAAGAAAAAAAAUUGUACAAAAGUAUCGUACACAUAAAGAAAGAAAUGCGAAA